AUGCACCGCGCUGUCGCCUACGUCUCCUGCGCACCCGUCUCGCGUGAUGUAUUGAGAGACUCGGAGGUCACCUCCGCUCACUCGUCUGGGUCCGACUGCAGUCCAACGUCAAGCAGCAACAAGAUGCACAUACCGUUGCGUCGUCACAGCCAUCUGGAUGGCAUUGAUGAAGUGUUUGGCAACGAUCGCUUUUCUGAAAUACGCAGGCAGAAGGAGCUCCUUCUCCGGGCGUACUUAACACGGCUCGAAGAGCUUGUGGAUGUCGCACACAUGUCGUUGGAGAGUAAUUCUCUUCACGAUGCGAGCGAGUAUGUUUUUUCUUUUUCCCGCCAGCACUCACCGUGGAGAUGUCAUCAGCCCCCUUCUAACGUCUCCAACGUUCGGCCAUAUAGUCACAUCCACGAGUCGUCGCAGGGGAAGUGGAGCACACCAUGCAGAAACGACCACGUCUACGCUUCUGAAAAACACCGAACGGUUAGUCGGAAUAGCUUUGUUUACCACCCGGGUGCGGCUGUGCUGCAGAUAAAGUUGUCUCCCUCCGGCACGCGUGUCGCUUGUUUACUGGCCUGGGACGAGACGGGGGAUCGGCACAUGUUGUUGGUGCUGGAAGAACGACAACGACAACGAUUCCACGCCAACGAGGUUUCCGCCUAUUUGUCUCUGCAGCGGUCUAUCCGUAGGAGCGCCCACUUUCACCUAACGAGAUUCUCAUCGUUAGAAGCUAUACGGUACAAGGAAGUACAAUACUUGGAGCGUAACAUCGCCAAUCGUGCUGAGCGGCACGAUGAAGAGCACCGCGCGUUCAUGCGUAGUUUGCCACCUGUGCGACUGCCACCGUUAAGGAUCCCAUCUGUUACUGCUGAUGGUCGGCCGUAUCGGUCCACCGCGGUGGACUACGAGGUGGCACUCUCUGUUGCAGUUGAAAAGAAGAUAUGGGAUGUGGCAGGUGAUAGGAAAAAGUCCUUUUUUCCUGAACUUGUCUGA